AUGUGUGGUAUAUUAGGUAUUGUAUUAGCCAAUCAAAAAGAUACUGUUGCACCAGAAUUAUGUGAUGCAUGCAUAUAUUUACAACAUAGAGGUCAGGAUGCAGCUGGUAUUGCAACAUGCGGUGAACGUGGUAGAAUCUUUCAAUGUAAAGGUAACGGUUUAGCUCGUGAUGUUUUUACUGAAAACAGAGUCGCUGGUUUAGCUGGUUCUAUGGGUAUUGGUCAUUUACGUUAUCCUACUGCAGGUUCAUCUGCUAAUUCUGAAGCACAACCAUUCUAUGUUAAUAGUCCAUAUGGUGUAAACAUGGCACAUAAUGGUAAUUUGGUUAAUACAGUAUCCUUAAAGAGAUAUAUGGAUGAAGAUGUACAUAGACAUAUUAAUACUGAUAGUGAUUCUGAACUUUUGUUAAAUAUUUUUGCAGCAGAGUUAGAAAAACAUAAUAAGUACAGAGUUAACAAUGAGGAUGUGUUUCAUGCUUUGGAAGGUGUAUACCGUUUAUGUCGUGGUGGUUACGCUUGUGUUGGUAUGUUAGCAGGUUUUGCUCUGUUUGGCUUUAGGGAUCCAAAUGGUAUCAGACCUUUAUUAUAUGGUGAGAGAUUAAACGAAGAUGGAUCUUUAGAUUAUAUGUUGGCAUCCGAAAGUGUUGUUCUUGAUGCUCAUGGAUUUAACAAUAUUCGUGAUUUAAACCCAGGUGAAGCUGUAAUUAUUCCAAAGAAUUGUAAUGCUGAAAAUAAACCAGAAUUUAGACAAGUUGUCGCAAUGAAUUCUUAUAGACCAGAUGUCUUUGAAUACGUUUAUUUUGCUAGACCAGAUAGUAUUCUUGAUGGUAUUUCUGUAUACGAAACAAGAUUAAAUAUGGGAGUUAAAUUAGCUGAAAGUGUCAAGAAAAUCGUGGAUCCUGCUGAUAUCGAUGUUGUUAUUGCUGUCCCCGAUACAGCUAGAACAUGUGCAUUACAAUGUGCUCAUGCUUUAGGAAAACCUUACCGUGAGGCAUUUGUUAAGAAUAGAUACGUUGGUAGAACGUUUAUUAUGCCAAAUCAAAAAGAACGUGUUUCUUCAGUGAGACGUAAAUUGAACCCCAUGAAGACUGAAUUUCAAGGUAGAAAUGUCCUUAUUGUUGAUGAUUCCAUUGUGAGAGGUACAACUUCGAUGGAAAUUGUUAAUAUGGCUAAGGAUGCUGGCGCUAAAAAAGUAUAUUUUGCCUCUGCUGCUCCUCCAAUUCGUUAUAAUCACAUAUACGGUAUUGAUCUAACGGAUAAUAAGAAUUUAAUUGCAUAUAAUAAGAGUGAAGAUGAAGUUGCUUCUGCGUUAGGUUGUGAAAAAGUUAUAUUCCAAACUUUGGAUGAUUUGAUUGAUUGUUGUAAGAGUCAAAAAAUUGAUAAAUUUGAAGUAGGUGUAUUUACUGGGAACUAUGUCACUGGUGUUGAAGAUGGUUAUCUUCAAGAACUAGAAAGAGUCCGUGCAUUAAACAAAGCACAACAGACUGCUCGUAAGUCAGAGGUAGAUGUUGGUCUAUAUAACCUUUGUGAUGACUAG